AUGAAUCCAGUGUUGUGGUUGAUAGUUGGUCUAUGUUUAUAUCUCUGGCUGAACUACAAAAAGAUAAUAGAAGCUAUAAAAGAAAGAAGAAACAUCGUCAAAUGUCUAGAGAAAAUUCCAGGCCCAGAAGCACUGCCCUUAGUUGGCGUAGCCCACAAACUUAGUCCAGACAGUGUUUGUAAGUUUGUUUUUAGUCUUUUUUGUUCACUUUUUUAAAACAAUAUUAACAUUAACCUAACAAAUUACAGUAAUGACUUACAUAAUGGAGUACUUCUUUCGUGCUCACACAGAAACUUUGGAUGCCAGUGGCGUGAUGAAGCUAUGGCUAGGCCCAAAGCCAAUUGUAAUGUUGUACAAGCCAGAAACGGUUAAAGUAAGAUAACUUGCUGCGAAAUAAAUAUUAUAUGUAGCCUAUUUUAGACAGUCAUGUGUUUGUGCAAAAACCAGACGAUUAUGACUUUCUGAAGGCUUGGCUUGGCGAAGGUUUGUUGACCAGGUAAGGUAUCAAGAUUAAUCAUUUUAUAAUUGAUAUAACUUUAAAGGAAAAAGGUUGCCGCGACAUUGAAAAUGUUAUUUUGCUAAUUAUGGGUAUAUUCAUGUUUUUUAAACAUGAUUGUGGUACAAUUCUUAAACAUAUUGUAUACAAACUACACUACUUCAGUUCAAAUCCAAAAUGGCACAGUCGCAGGAAGAUGCUCACGCCAGCCUUUCACUUUAGCAUUCUCGACAAUUUUAUGAGUUGUUUCAACGAACAAGCUAGUGUGAGUUUUAUAUUAAACAAUCGCCUUUAUCAAUUUCUUAUUAUUAUACAAUUGAUAAACUUUGCAGAUCUUGGUGAAUAAGCUAGAGAAAUACGCUGAAGAUGGGUAUCCUUUUGACAUUUACCCUCAUCUCAAGGCAAUUGCUCUUGAUGUUAUUUGUGGUAAGAACUUCAAUUUUUUAUAUUAAUUUAUUGCCGAUGAAUCCAUUUUAAUAAAAACCAUAAACUACAGCUAAUUUGUUUAGAAGCCGCGAUGGGAGUUCAAAUGGGUUCCCAAACAGGAAAAAACACAGAAUACGUGAAAUCAGUGAAGGUUAUUUGUGAACUUUUAUGGCUUCGAAUCCGAUCACCGUGGCUUUGGCCCUCACUUCUAUGGAAUCUCAGUGGUCACGGACCAAAGUGUCAAAAAGCUUUGACAACUGUGAAAGGAUUCACGGAGAAGGUAAUUCAAGAACGUCGACGAGAGUUGUUGAUGAAUAACAACAAUGAAACUGGGGAGAGACCAGCCUUCUUAGACAUUUUACUGAAAAUGCAGACGGCUAAAUGCCUGACAGACGAAGAUAUCAGAGAAGAAGUUGACACCUUCAUGUUUGAAGGGCACGAUACUGUUUCGAAUACAUUGUCCUUCUUGUUGUUUAUGAUCAGCGAUCAGAAGACGGUGCAUUUUCAGGAUAAGAUAUACCAAGAGUUGAAGGAAAUCUUCGGUAAGUUAUUUACCUGGGCUGAGGGAGAGAUUGAAGGCUCAAGAAAAAAGUUAAAUCUGUAUUUUUAAAUACGAAACUCUCUUUACAAUACCCUGAUCAUAAAAUAAUACUGAUAUAAUUUCAGCCGAUGACCCAAAACGUCAUAUAACAACGGCAGAUCUCGGCAAGAUGAAGUAUCUCGAGCAAAGUUUAAAAGAAGGAAUGAGGAUGGCUCCAGUGGUACCAAUAGUCGGGAGAAUUGCUUUGGAAGAUAUACGUAUUGGGGAAUACGUUGUACCAAAAGGAGCUGCAGUUAUGGUAACUCCAUUUUUGGUACACCGAAACAGAGACGUAAGCGCAAUAACUACCAAAACUGAAUUUUAAAUUGUCAUACUUUAUGGAUACGUUAUUGAAUUAACUAAUAAAACAAUAUUUAGCUCUGGAAAGACCCAAACGAGUUCGACCCGAGUCAUUUCGACCCAGAGGAAUGUCGGAAGCGACAUCCAUUUGGAUAUAUACCAUUCUCAGCUGGUGCCAGAAACUGUAUUGGACAGAAGUUUGCCAUGAACCAGCUGAAGGUGGUACUUGCACACCUCUUCAGAAGGUUCAAGUUCUACGGUGCAGUCCAUGAAGUUGAGAACAGAGGACUUCCAGAGUUAGUUAUGAAGCCAAACGAUGGAUGUAUGGUACGGGUAGAGGUUGUAGAGUAG